GCCAGCGGUGCUGCCAGCAUCCGUUUGCUGUGCUGUGCUGUGUGGUUUGGCGACUGCGUGCUUGGACAUUCUACGUGUUUGUGUUUCAGUUUGUCAACUUGGCAACUGAAGCCGCUUCAGUGAUAAACACCAUUUGGUGAGCCGACAACGGGUUCAUCAUACAUGUAUUGCGUCGGCUUAGAAGUCUAGUUCGUGCAUGGGCCCGCCGCAUGGGAACCGGUCAGUCAGUUGCUCCCAACAACAGCCUUUUUACUUGCUGUUUCCUACAGCGAUAAGUUCAAGGUCAUUGGUAUUGUUUACACACGACUAUGGCAUUACUGGGUCGCUAAGAAACAAGUUACUUUCAGUGCUUCAGCCUUGACGGAGCCCUGUUCGUCACAAAGAUGGCUGCUAGGCGCUUGUUUGUAACGAUCUUGGUGGCGGUGCUGGGGCUAGGAGUUCGCGGCCAGAGCUCGGACACGCUGCCAUACAUCAGCCUGCAGGCGUACCUGAACGGCGAGCCGGCAUUGUCCAUGCUGCUGCAGCUGGCCAUCCCCAGCUACAGCCUGCUGUCGGACACGGGGCUCAAAGCCACCGUGUUCCUGCCCACCAGUGAUGCCGUCAUGUCGUAUCUGUACACGGAGUUCGGCGUGUCGGACCUGGCGGACCUGUGGUCCAACGCCGUGCUCAACCAGCGGCUGCUGGGGGAGUUCAACCUGCGGGUGCUGCCGCAGAUGAUCGUGAAGGACCGGCUGCUGACGGCGCAGCAGAUGAGCAACGGCAUGAAGCUGCGGACCAACUCCAGCGAGGAGGUCACGCUGGUGGUGUCCAAGGCGGCAGACGGGACCAUGACGAUCACAGGCCCGCAGAACAGCGCCAAGGUGGUCAAGGCCAACCAGCUGCUGGCCAAUGGCAAGGUGGUGGCCCACCUGGUAGACAAGGUGCUGCUGCCGCCCGACAUCGUCGAGACCCCGCCGCUGCUGGAGGAUUCGCCGCCACCACCUCUGCGAUCGCCCCGGCCCAGCCCCCGGCCCAGCGCUACCUCGCCCAGGCCGUCCCCAGCGUCGAGCCCUUCGCCCUCGCCCUCGCCCUCGCCCUCGCCCUCGCCCAGCCCCUCGCCGUCUCCUGAGAAGCGGAAGAAGUCUCCGCCGCCUGCCGGCAGGCCCUCUCCCUCCCCACGGCCCUCUCCCUCGCCGUCGCCCUCCCCCAGCCCUUCGCCCUCCCCCUCGCCUUCUCCUUCUCCGUCGCCCUACCCCUCGCCCAAGAAGAAGCCAUCCAAAUCACCGUCGCCGUCGCCAUCCCCUAGCCCCAGCCCCAGCCCUAGCCCUAGCCCUAGCCCUAGCCCUAGCCCGCGACCCAGCCGCCCCAGUCCCUCCCCAUCACCCUCCCCAUCGCCCGCCAAAAGUCCUAGCCCCUCCCCGCGUCCAUCGCCCAAGCCCUCUCCCAAGCCCUCUCCCAAGCCCGCUCCGAAGCCCUCGCCGUCGCCGUCGCCGUCCCCCUCUCCCUCGCCGGAGGAGGUGCCCGAGUUCGGCUCCUUCCCCAACCUGCAGGCGGCGCUGUCGGCCAUCCCCCAGCUGUCGCUGCUGUCACUGCUGUACGACACCGCUGUGCAGGACUCGCUGGUGCGCAUCCCGCUGGACGCCAUCAUGCUGUCGCCCUUCACCCUGUGGCUGCCCACCAACCAGGCAUUCGAGGCCUGGUUCGCGGACCCGGAGUCGCCAUGGCACUGGCAGAACGACCUGGGCCAGGCGGUGGGCGCCAACCCGCGCCUGCUGCUGACCCUGCUCAGCCCGCACGCGCUGGCGGGCAAUCAGCUGCUGCUGUCCGACCCCAACGACCUGCACGACGGCUCCACAUUCACCACCGGGCUCAAGGUCCUGGGCCGCCCGCCGCCGGGCGCGCAGUUCGUGGUGCGCCGUGACGGCGACACGGUGGCGCUGGAGGGCACCCGCGGCGCCAACACCGGUGUGGUGAUCAACGUGCUGAGGCUGCAGGCGGCGCUGGUCGGCAAGGCGGGCGUGGUCCAUGUGGUGGACCGGGUGAUUGUGGCGGACAACUCCACGCCCGCCUCGCACCGACGCCAGCAGCGGCGGCGCCUGGGGCAUCAAGAGCCGCAGCAGGAGCAGUUGCACGCGCGAUGAGGCGCCGCGCCCUAGCUGCUGUGAGAUGCAGCUGUUAGGCAAAAGUAAUGAGAGGACUGCGUUAGAUUAGGCUAGCCGUGACAUUAUACGCGACCAUUAGUCCAGGGUUCCAGUCCGCUGGAACGGACAUAGGCACUCGGCAGGAGGGUCCCGCUUCCGCCUGUGACGCAAUUUCCUAUACACAUGCUCUACAAGCGUACGUGUCCACCCAUGCACACUGCGGGACCGGUACUGAGGCAGGACAGCGGACCCGCAACGUGCAAACCCGCAACGGCCCUGGCGUAAAGGAGGUGUGCCCGUAUGCACAUUGCGCGCCAUGGGUGGUGUGCAUUCGCGUGCGGUACGAGGUGCGGAUGGGACGUGGCAUCCAGAUGCGCAAUGAGUGACACAGACAUGACAUGACUUGGAAUAGCCGGCUACCAUAUUCAUGAGGUAGGUGCUAAGUGAGCAACGCAUUCGAGGACGGGGCAUGCAAGAUGCAGAUGAUCUCUACCUUCGCAUUCAUGGCACUUUGGUGUGGAUGGUGACUUGGCGUGCCCGUGCAACCAGGCAGUGCCGCCAUGUGCACGUGUGCAUUCCACAGUCCGACGUGUCAUUUUAGCAAGUGCAUGGUUUGAAUUACAGCGGCCAGGAGCGGCGUCUAAUGUCUGUAAAGCAAGGAUCAA